UUCCAACACAAGCAGUCGAUUCAUCCAAGCGAGUUGAGCAAUAGCAGUGAGAUUUACAGUGAUUUCAGUUCUUGUUUGUUCGUGAGACUGUGAGAGACAAGAGAAGAUGGCCUCCAACCAGAACCAAGCGAGCUACGCGGCCGGCGAGACAAAGGCCCGCACCGAGGAGAAGACCGGGCAGAUGGUGGGCAUCACCAAGGACAAGGCGGGGCAGGACACGGAGACCACGAAGCAGAAGGCCGGCGAGGCCAAGGACAAGACGGCCCAGACGGCGCAGGCCGCCAAGGACCGCGCCGCCGAGAGCAAGGACCAGACCGGCAGCUACCUCGGCGAGAAGACGGAGGCGGCCAAGCAGAAGGCGUCGGAGACGGCGCAGUACGCGCAGGAGAGGUCCUCCGACGCCGCGCAGUACACCAAGGAUUCCGCCGUCGCCGGCAAGGACAAGACCGGGAGCGUGCUCCAGCAGGCCGGCGAGACGGUGGUGAGCGCCGUGGUCGGCGCCAAGGACGCGGUGGCGAACACCCUGGGCAUGGGCGGUGACAACACCACCAAGGACACCACCACCACCAGGAAUCACUAGACGCAUGCGUUGGCGCUUAAUUUGCUUUGCUUUAGUCGUGUUUGGUCGUUCGCGGGCCUUCUACAUAUCUGUAUGUUUCCACUCUUUCGUGAUUUCAGCUCAUUUGGUGUAAAAGUUUGCCUUCGAUUUGAUGUACUCCUCGUGUCCGGUCCUGUAAUGAGUUAUAAUCGACGUACGACUUCACUCGAAGGCGGCUAUAAAGUUGUAUGUGAUCGAAUUUCUUCUA